AUGAGCCUUUGGUUGAAGGUCUUCACUGAAAAGGCCGUGGAGGUCGUUCAAGUCAGCGUGUACGAUAAUCUUCUCGAGUUCCAGAGCAGUUGUUCAGAGACUCCGGAGAUCGACAACGCCUUCCUCGAGGCUGGAGCCAACGGGGUCAAAGCCAAAACUCUCAAGGAGAUGAAGGCCGUUGGCGCUCCGUUUUAUCGUCCGGGACGUGCAGAUUUCCCCCGUCGUCGUAGGCUCAGCUCAGGCCAUAACGGUAUCGACAUGAGCGUCGUCAACUCCUUCAUCACCUCCAAUGGUGUCGCUGUCAGCACUAGUCUCAACUGUAAGACUAUCAAGGAUCGCCUAGGUGCCAAAUUUGGUAUCAACUACUCUCACACCUGGACCACUCAAGCCACCGUCACGGUCCGCGGCAAUGUUGGUAGGGGUGAGACAGGCGUUUUCAUCACCAGACCCUGGACCAACCGCAAGCACGAACGUGUCUUCCAGGACUGCGUCGACUCAAUGCGAUAG